AUGGAAGGCAUCGGCCAGCUGGAGCCCGCGCCCGCGGUGCGUGGCCAGGGAGACACGAUGGAGAUCGAGAUGAACAUCAGCUGGGGCCUCGGUGCCAAGCAGGAAGUCUCGAUUGACUUGGCCAGCGUGCGCCUCCCGCUGGAAGGGCUCGAAGCUCAGAUCUUCGUUAUUGUCUUGCUGGGUGCAGGUGCUUUGCACCAUGCGCAACACCAGAUUUCGGGGCAGUCCGUGGAUGAUCACGGUGUUCAACACAGCGCCGGCAUCGGCAAGCUUGAAGGAAAGAAGGAACCGCAAACUCUAGUGAUGUUCCGUUCAGCUUAUCCGGCCCAGAUCGUCAGCUACAACGGCUCGAUGGUGCAGGACAGCGUCUACGACGUUUCGGGUUUCUUCAUCCCCGCCCACGUCUCGGUCUCCGACGUGGUCUUGCGCAACGCGUACAAGCAGGACACCAGCGGCCAGCAGGGGCCUCAGACGGCCAAAGUGGGCGCUGAGCUCAGCAAUGCCGGCACAGCGGGGUCUGUCUUGAGGAUCGUGGCUGCGCGGCCACCUCAGUGGACAGAGCCUGUGAUCAAGAUGCCGCCGUGUCAGUGCCAGCUGGCAGGUAGCAAUAGGAACGUGUUCACAAGAGAAACGGAUGAGUUUGAAGAUAUCUUUUACUUCGUGCCAACCUCGAAGUCACCAGCAUCACCCUCAGAUGGCGGAGUCUCGCCCGGACGGCACUGCGACAAGCUUGGCGACAGUGGUUGUCGAGGAUGGGAUGGAAGGGGCAAAGUAGGGACCUGGUUCCAAGAGGGAGCUUUGUUGAGCCUGCGGUUGCCCACGGGACUUCAGCCUGCAAGGCUGGCAAGCUACCUCAUCGAAGUCGAGGUUCUGGCGCCCACGCCCAGCCAGUGCCUUUGCUUCGCUGCGGGCCUUUGUCAGCAGCCUGACUGCACCAGCGGCUUAGGGUCUACUCCUAGGCUCUGCCAGACCAACUGGUCCAUGGAGGCGGAUCUCUAUGCUGGGUUCGGGGGCAGGAUUCAGGUCCUUGAUACUGACGGCGCCGUCGUCGGCUCCAAUGAUGCGUUGCUCGUAGGCUUCGCCCUCGUCUCAGAGGCACGCCUUGCAUUCUCCCGAGUGGAUAGCCAGGACUUGGCUAAGGUGCUCAUGGUUACGGCACCCUUUGGCUACGAGUUCCCGCCUGGCCUCUACCGCUCCAGCAACCUCCAGCUGCGCGUCACGACGCCCCGAACCACGCCGCCCGACAAUCGCUGGUACAUCCAAGGCAGACUCCGGCAGGGCAACACCGAGGGUGCAGCUUCCUACCUCCCGAAGCAGCUUUUCUUUGACUUGGUCUGCUGGGGUGUGGCUGACGGCCUUCCCAGCCAGCAGAUGGACGUGUCGGUGGAGUUCGCGGCCCUGCAGACGUGCUCUUCUCAGCUCCACAAGAAUUUCGAAGCAGCCCGAAAAAUAGAGAAACUGGAGCCAGGUUAUAUGGCUGCGUUAGUGCGAUUUAGCUGCGUCAGUUCAGAUCCAGGCUACAGCACGGCCAUACAGCUGCACACGGUGUUCCUUUUGCGCGUGACCACGGAGGUGGAGGAGAUACGAAGAAUGAAGAACGGCGCGUUGGACCUUGGGCCUUCUGUUCAGCUUGCUUGUCUGAGCGUGGUUUUGUGGCCGCCUUCCAUCCUGCACAUCGAGGUCGUCAUACCUCCUCCCGGCUAUCUCCUCUCUUGCACAGGCCUCAAGCUCUUCUAUGCCCCCGGCAUGGUGUGCUGGGUUCGGCCGAAAGUGCACUGCCUAGCUUCCAAGCGGGCGGGAGACAACACGAGCCGGGGCCUAACCAUGCGAGUCCACACUCAGGCUUCACGGGAUGCUCCAGCUAUCGCCAAGGCCGGGCGGGAGCCUUCCUGCAUUCAGAUCGUCUUCGCAGCGACCCCCAUGCUGGCGGGCUCCCCUUACGCCUUUGGAAUCCAGGGCGGCACUGCUGCAGCCAGCGCCGCGGAUCGUGCCGCGGAUGUCUUCGCGCUGCAGGUCUUGAACCCCUCAGGCACGGUCGCCGAGUCCAGCUUCUCCGUCCAAGCACCGCCCCUGCAAAGUUUCGGCUCCAUGGAGCAGCCCUACCUGCUUUGGUACGACCUGCCGACACCGGGCACGAAGGUUUGGGUUUCGCUGGGCCUCCGUGUGCCUCGCCGUGCGCCAGCCGGCUUGGAAACUUUGAGGAUUUCCUUGCCGGAUGGCUACGAGCACACAGCUCUUGCACGAAAUCGAGAUGAGAUCGACGAGCGCAGCGUGACGCUGGCCUGGCGCCCGCUUCAGCUGCCCUCGAGCCCGGCCGGCAUCUUCAGCGACUACGAGGCAUGGACACGGGCGGAAGAGAUCGCCUUGGCUGCGGAGGCAGCUCCCCCGGCUCCCGAGGCGCCAACCCAGGUGGCGGCGCCUCCGGGCGACCCCAAUGCGUCUACGAACACCACCACCGCCGCCACAACCAGCAGCACAACCACGACGACGGAAAUCGAUGCCCUGCCGGUCCUUCAGGGCCGAAAUUGGGUGAACCUGGGCCAGCGCAGCGAGGUGCAGCUGCGCUUGCUCACACAGCGGCCCUUCCCGGCCUGCGAGCUGCUGCUGCGAUUUCCAGUGCAGCUGCCGAGCCGGGCGCCGAGGCUCAACGUGUGGUACGUGACCUUGGCGUUUGCCGCCAACACCUCCGGUCACUUCGAUGCCGACGUUGCCUUUGUGGUUCCCGGCUUCGACUUCUUCCAACAGCCUCCUGCGGCCGAACACGCGCAACACAUCUUCGACUACGCGGGCUAUGACUACUACCAGUUCUCGACACAGAACGUGGGCGCGGCCAGCAUCCGGCGCAUUGCGCCACUCGCCAUGUUCCUGGCCUUGGCCUGGGCGCUGCUUCCCUGA